UUGGGCUACCUUGGACUAAGGUCCCCAUCAACCCUUACCUUUUUCAUUUUCUCCCCUGAACAAUGGGUGCAAUGUGCACCCAUAUGCAUAGGAAAAAGAAAAAAGCAGAGUUAAACAGAAGACUAGCUUCUGGAAGAAAAAAAUUUGACACAUCUUUGCCUGAUGGUACCAUCGCCCCAUCAGAUGACUCCUCGGUGUCCACAAUGACUGCCAACAAUACUUCAGGUUAUAAACAUCAAAUGAGCUUCCCUUGCUUCACAAACAUAUCAUGGAGCUCUUGCUACAAAACCUUCAAACUCAGCUUCACUAUUACCAACAUGUUUUACACAACAAAGAUGAAUCAAAAGGACACCAGAACAUUCAAGGCUGCUGAGCAUAUCCUACAAAUCUUGCUCAAGGUAUUGUUUGGAAGCAGCAAGCUUGGCUCUCAGUAUUGUGGAUGCAGUGGCCUUUCACUGAGGUCUCUGAAGAACAGCAUAGCAACUGGAGUAGAUAUACUCUGCACUUUCAAGAAGGACUCCUCCAACCUUGUCCUGGACAAAAAGGUGGUUUCCUGGGAGCUGACUGAACAGCUCUGUAGAAGAGAGCUAAAACACCUGGUUAUAGACAAUGAUAGCCUUAUUGUGAAUGGGUAUCAACAUAAGCUGCCAGGAAUCAGAUCCACAAAGAGAAGUGAGGUUGGUAUAGGACCUGUCACCCAUAUCCCAGACCAUGGAGAACCAGGAAAAAUCAUGACAUCACUGACUAGUGGCCUCCUGAUCCGUGAAUCCCCUGUAAAUGCUAUAGAGAGUGACAUUGGUGUAGGGCCCUUCACCCAUAUCCCAGAACAUGGAGCACCAGGAGACAUGACAUCAGUGACCAGUGAAUCUACUGUAUGUGCCAUGGGAUUCUCUACUGAGACUUCAGGGACACUGAAGAAAGUGAGUGGAUCUGACCAGGGAAGAGAACCAACAAACUCCACCAGUAUCCCUAUGACUGGCUUUAUCGGGAGAGAUUCCAUUGAUGACACUGAAAAGGACAUAUGUGUCAUGGAGACAACUCCAAGAGCCACAGCCACUCAAGACCUACUUCUCACUGUGCCCACUGGAGAAGGUGACCUCAUCCCUGGGAUGCACAGGAGAACUGUGUCCUCUCCCACCGAAACCUCAGUUCCAUCUGAGAUAUCCUCUGGAGUCACCAUUGCCAUUGCAAGGACCUCACUCUCCAUGACUCCAGUAGAAAUCACAGCUAGGUCCGGCUACAGUGCUCCCUUAAACAUCAGCCUAAGCAGAAGAACAGCUUCCCUUGAGCCUGCUACUUCGUUGGAGGACCCAAGGCCAGCCGGCCUGACUCCAGAAACUGAGAGAAACCCACAGGCAACACCAACUCCAGCUAUCACCCUGCCUCCAGCCAGCACACAGGAAGUUUGCACAACAGCAUCUCCCAGUCCUCCUGACACAACCACAGAGGGCAGCAGUGUCCAGGCAGGGACAGCCUCUGUUUCUGAUCAGGUGCCUUCCACUUCCAGCCUCUUCCCAAGAGGUGAUGCUGGUGUGUUGCCAGUCACACAUGCCCAAGGCCAUGAUGCACCAGGAAGCACAGUAGCACCAAUAAGUAGCCCCCUGACCCCUGUGUCUACUAUUAUUCCCUCAGCAGCAGGGAGAUACAACUGGAAGAGCUUCACCCUUAACUUCACCAUCACCAACAUGUUUUAUACAACCAAGAUGGCUCAAAGGGAUUCCAGCACAUUCCGUCUUCCUGAAUUUUUCCUGCAGCGCCUGGUGAGACUCAACCCCUCCACACCCCUCUUCCUCCUUGCAUCCAUGCUUCCUUCCUCAUCCCUGGGUAUACAGACUUCCUCUAGCCAGGUACUCAGAAGUUCCCUUCUCUCUUUUUGUUUCCAGUUCAAGGUAUUGUUUGAAAGAAGCAGCCUUGGCUCUCAGUAUUGUGGAUGCAAUGUGACCUUGCUGAGGUCUAUGAAAAAUGGGGCAGCAACAGGAGUGGAGGUUAUAUGUUUUUAUAAGGAAGUUUUCUCUGUCCCCAUCUUGGACAAGAAGAAGAUUUACCAAGAGCUGAGUCAAGAGACUAAUGGAAUAACAAGGCUUGGACAUUAUAUUCUAGAUAAGAAAAGCCUCUAUGUGGAUGGGUAUAACCCUCAGAUGCCACCCCGCUCCACAAAAGAAUCAGUCUACCACCAUGGGACCAGAAGAUGGAGGAAACUCUACCGAAUGAAUGGGCAUCUGUUUCAAUCCAAACGUUUUAACAGAAGAGCCUACUGUGGCCAGUGCAGUGAAAGGUUAUGGUGUCUCGGAAGGCAAGGCUACAAGUGUAUCGACUGCAAAUUACUGGUCCAUAAAGGUUGUCAUAUUCUUGUAUCACAGACCUGCAAAAGGCAUAUGGAUUUGGUGAUGCCAUCCCAAGAACCUCAAGUAGAGGAUAAAAAUGAUAAAGUUGACCUUCCCUCCGAAGAAAAUGAUGGACUCGCUUAUGUUCCCUCAACCUGGAAACAUGACAGCCUUAAAGAUGAUUCUGGGGACAUUAAGCCAGUUAUCGAUGGGAUGGAUGGAAUUAAAAUAUCUCAGGGGCUCGGGCUACAGGACUUUGAUUUAAUCAGAGUUAUUGGACGGGGGAGUUAUGCCAAAGUUCUCUUAGUGCGAUUGAAAAAGAAUGACCAGAUUUAUGCCAUGAAGGUAGUCAAAAAGAAGUUCGUCCAUGAUCAUGAAAACACCAACUGGGUGCAGACAGAGAAGCAUGUAUUUGAACAGGCCUCCAGUAACCCUUUCCUUGUUGGCCUGCACUCCUGCUUCCAAACAAGAAGUCACUUAUUCCUUGUCAUCGAGUAUGUGAAUGGAGGGGAUCUUCUGUUUCAUAUGCAAAGGAAAAAUAAGCUUCCGGAGGAACACACCAGGUUUUAUGCUGCUGAAAUAUGUAUUGCUCUAAACUUUCUCCACGAACGAGGAAUUAUCUACAGGGACUUAAAACUAGAUAAUAUCCUCCUAGAUACUGAAGGUCACAUCAAAUUAACAGAUUAUGGCAUUUGCAAGGAAGGUUUGGGCCCAGGUGACACAACAAGGACUUUCUGUGGGACACCAAAUUAUAUUGCCCCUGAAAUCCUAAGGGGAGAAGAAUACGGGUUCAGUGUGGACUGGUGGGCUCUUGGUGUCCUGAUGUUUGAGAUGAUGGUAGGAAGAUCGCCAUUUGAUAUAAUCACAGACAAAUUGGACAUGGCCACUGAAGAUGACCUCUUCCAAGUUAUCCUUGAGAAGCCUAUUCAAAUCCCCAGAUUUCUCUCUGUCAAAGCUUCCCGUGUUUUAAAAGGAUUUUUAAAUAAGGAUCCCAAAGGGAGGCUUGGUUGCCAACCACAAACGGGAUUUUCAGAUAUCAAAUCUCAUAUGUUCUUCCGUAGCAUAGACUGGGAUCUGCUGGAGAAGAAGCAAGCCCUCCCUCCAUUUCAGCCUCAGAUAACUGAUGAUUAUGGUCUGGAUAACUUCGAUACACAGUUCACCAGCGAACCUGUGCAGCUAACCCCAGAUGAUGAGAAUGUAAUAAAAAGAAUAGACCAGUCAGAAUUUGAAGGAUUUGAAUACAUCAAUCCUCUGUUGCUUUCUACAGAAGAGUCAGUGUGAAGAAAUGGCAUCUCCACUGUGGAUAAAUAAUGUGAAUGAACUAUUAAAUUUAUCCAUAACUACAGUAUAUGCAUGCAAGGAUGGGGAACUGUAAGGUUUUGAGUGGAGACCAAUGAUUUUUUAAAAAAUUGCUGCUGAAAAUCAAAGAAGAGAAUAGAUUUUGGUGGGUAUCUUCCUCUACGUAAUACUAGUUUUCAGUUUGGGGCACUGACAUGAUUGGCUUCUUUUCUGAGGGAAUGUGCACAUGUGCUUGCUUCCCCGAAAAAUCUCAUGUUUGUUACAUCCUCGGGAAAGGAAUGUUCAAACGACUUUGAAGGUGCAAACUUUCUGCAGAACAAAACUUGAUGCAAUGGCCAACAAUUUCAAGAAAAUUUGUGUAAUAUCCUGAAGAAUAAAAUGUUACAGUGGUGUUGAACCUCAAAAAAAAUUAA